AUGGUGGUGGCAAAUGUGAAGGUGGAGAUUAUCCUCAACGUCAAUUGCGACCGGGCUUGGGAAGCAUUCAAAGAUUCCAGCUCCUGGCUUCCAAGAAUGAUGCCCAAUGUCAUCCAAAGUUACGAGUACGAUGGUGGACGAAGAGGGGCUGGAAGUUUGCGACGAGUCACUUACGGUCCAGAUUUCCCGGCUGGAUCUUUCUCGCUGCAAAAGAUCCUGGCAGAGGAUAACAAUUCCAUGACAUCGACUUACACGCUUGUCGGUGGAAGUUUGGCGAGCAAGUACAGGCAUUACGUCGCCACGGUGAGGUUUCGGCCGGGUCCAGCCGAUCGAUCAUCCACCACUGUCGCGAGCUGGAGCCUGGACUACGAAUUACGCCCCACUGGCACCAGCAGCAGUAGCAGCAGCAGGGAUGAUCGUGACUCCACUGACAAUGCUGCGAGUCGCUCGCAACAAUCGGCGCUAGAUGCCUUUAAAGCCCUCGAGCAGUAUUUGCUCUCUUCUAGCUAG